AUUUUUGAAAUAUUAGACAAAAUUCGUCGGUAAAGAAGGAUGAACAAUUGAAAUUGCUCUUGUUUUGUAUGCGAGUGUGAAUGUUGACAUUCAACAUGGCGGCUGUCGUCAGUGCUGUGCUGUUUCGUGUUUGUGUAACUGUUAGUUUAGGACAUUUUUGAAACAAACGCUCAGUAUAAAUUCAAGAUAAAAAAGCUGAAGAAAAACGAAAAACAAUUUUUGAAACGACACAACCACAUUCAGCACGCAUUGAAGACAUCUGAGGAUUUUUAAGCCAACCAUUUAUUCUUUAAAUUACCAAUGUUUUUAAUCGUCUUCUUUUAUAAAGGAUGACUGAUCUUUAAGAAGAAAAAUUUUGGUUAUUCUUGAAUAUACUAAAUUUAAAAAUUAUCAAAUACAGUUGUUAUAAAUAGAAAGUAUCAACGGUAUAAGAUGUGCUGAGAAUUUUGUACACAUGAUAACACUGGUAUUAAUUGUAUCGUUCGUUUAUAUAUUUGUGUCGCGAUACGCUUUAUGAGAAGGACCUAUAUACACAGUACAGUGACCGUGAUUUGCGUUCGAAGAAUUGCUACUCUCCUGUCAAUGCUACUUAUACAACACCCAAAUUGAGAGUAACAAUUUCGCUCAUUCUGGUGCUUUUUGAUCGGCUAUCGAUGAUACGUAUUGAAAUACAACAAAUACCUUCCUUCCCACUUCCUGGUCACAAAAGAGCAUUUGCAGCAAUUUCUGCAGCAUUUCAAAGAGCCUUUCUUCCUCAUUAUUAAGUUCUCGUAAAGUCGUAAUAGCAAACGAAGAUAUAAGGUACCAAGAACCAUUCUGUGAUAUCUAUGUUAACACUUAAAUAAUUGAAAAGACUAAAAUUUCUAAAUAUAAGUAAAUAAAUAAAUAAAUAAAUAAAUAUAUAUAUAUAUACCUAUCUAUCUAUAUAUAUAUAUAUGUAGAUAUAUAUAUAUUGAGUGAGAAACAGACGCAAACUUAUAAAAGAAAUUACCUAAUUGUUUCGACAAACAAGUAAUUAGCAAAUCUAAAGAGACCAGCAUCGACUUUAAACAAUGUCAAGUAAUCCUCAAUGGAAAACGUUCCAGCCGCCGAUCAUGAAUUCAGAUCCAGCAAUCCUUGAAUACAAGUCUAUGGCCAUAACGAGUCCCAAAGCUUUACCUCUGCCUCAUCAAUCCACCAAUACUUAUCGAAAUGGAACUAACUUUAGCGGUGAUCAUUAUAUGAAUUCACCCCCCGAUUGUGGAAAAAACUCUUCAGUUUAUGGAACUUUCCCUAAUUCACAGUCACCACGAAAUGGGUCCGCUAGGUUUCCCAUAAGCACAUUCACAGGUAUGGAAAGUAACUUCACUGCUGAACCAGCUACUAAUAAUUCUUCUUAUCAAGAUCAAUCUGGAAAUCAAGGAACACGCGAAACGGGAAUUAUUGAAAAAUUAUUGCAUUCUUAUGGAUUUAUUCAAUGCUGUGAAAGACAAGCGAGAUUAUUCUUUCACUUUAGCCAAUUUAGUGGUAAUAUUGAACAUUUAAAAAUUGGAGAUCCAGUUGAAUUUGAAAUGACAUACGACCGUCGAACUGGUAAACCGAUUGCUAGUUUUGUCAGUAAAAUUGCUCCGGAAGUGGUCUUAAGUGAAGAACGAGUUACAGGAAACGUUACAACAGAACUUCAAGCAAGUGGUGACUCACAAGGGCGAAUUAGUUAUGAGAAUAGAGGAGAGUGUUUUUUUUUACCUUAUACCAAAGAUGAUGUCGAAGGAAACGUCACUUUGCGUGCAGGUGAUAAGGUUUCAUUUCAAAUUGCCACAAACCAACGAGGGAAUUUAGGAGCCUGUCAUGUUCGACUUGAGAAUCCUGUUCAUCCAGUACGUUAUCGUGGAGUGGUGUGCUCGAUGAAGGAAAGUUUUGGUUUUAUCGAACGCGCUGAUGUUGUAAAGGAAAUAUUUUUCCACUUUAGCGAAGCUAAAUCUAUGAAAGAUGAAUUAAGAUUGGGAGAUGACGUAGAAUUUAUUAUUCAGAGUCGUAAUGGGAAAGAAGUGGCUUGUAAUAUAACAAAAUUGCCACCUGGAUCUAUUGUUUUUGAAGAAAUAAGCACCGAUGUAGUUAAGGGACAAGUUAUCAAGCCUUUGGAACGAGGUAACUCAGCUAGACAUCAAAGUGAUCCGUUGCCGGGUAGGAUACGUUAUCGAGCGCCAGAUCAUUCGGAGGUAGAAGUACCAUUUGGUGAUAAAGACCAGAAGGGAGAUUUCACUCUCAGACAUGGUGAUUGGGUUCAAUUUAGAAUUGCAACGGAUACUAGAGAUCAGUUGAAAAGAGCAACGGAAAUAUCACUUUUGCCUGAAUCUUUUACUGUCUCUGGUGAAAGAAGGGAACAGGGUAUGAUUGCUGCUCUUAAAGACGGAUUUGGUUUUAUUCGUUGUGUAGAACGGGAUCCCAGACUCUUCUUUCAUUUCAAUGAAGUGCUAGAUGUUGAUAGGGAAAUCAGUGUUGGUGAUGAAGUGGAAUUUACUGUUAUUCAAGACCCUUCUUCUUCAUUUUCUAAUAGCAGACAAAGUGCGAUUAGGUUGAAACAUCUGCCACCAGGUAGUGUUCAAUUUGAAACAGUCAUUGAAGCAGAUGUGUUAGGUAAUGUUAUUCAGGAUACCAAUGGCAACGAACCAGGAUUAAUUGGGUACCUGAAGGAUGGUCAACAAAAGAGCAUUAUUUUCUUUAUCAAGGACUGCGACCCAAAAAGUAUUCCAAACCUUGGAGAUAAAGUUAAAUUUAGCAUCUGUCAAGUGAAACGAAAUAAGGAACUUGUUGCCGUAGACAUAUCGCAACUGAAUUCCACAUCUAAUGAAAAAACUACAAAUGGAACCAAAAAACCAAGUGGACAAACUUACCAAGGAUUUAUAGCUGCUCUGAAGGACGGAUUUGGCUUCAUUGAAACAGUCAAUCACGAAAAAGAAAUAUUUUUUCACUUCAGUAAUUUUGAAGGCGAUGCUGCUACACUGGAAUUAGGUGCUGACAUCGAAUGUACAAUUAAUUCAGCUAAUGGAAGAUCAACAGGUGGAUGCGUUGCUGCUGAUCAUGUGAAAAUUUUAUCCAAAGGAAGCAUUCCGAGACCGUCAAUAGUCAGCGAAGUAUUGGACGGAACAGUUCUCAGACCAUUGAGAAGUGCUAAUCCUGAACAGCAUGAGUAUGCAGGUUUAAUCAAAAUAAAUCCAUCAACAGAAGAUGAGGAAACACCGGAAUAUGAAUUUGGUAUAAUGGGCUUGGUAAAUAAGCGGGAACUUUUACAAGCUGGUGAUCCAGUGCAGCUGCAGGUCGACUCAGAGGGUCACGCUUGUAAUAUUGUUGCUGUGCGCAAAAAACGAAGAGCAACAGUGGAUGCUGUUAAAGGACCCUUUGGAUUUCUAACGUAUGAAGUAGAUGAGGGUAGAAAACUGUUCUUCCAUAUGAGUGAGGUUCGAGAUCACGCAACUCUUCAACCAGGAGAUCAGGUGGAAUUCGUUUUGGUAACAAAUCAACGAACUGGAAAAUCUUCAGCCUGCAAUGUUACGCGUUUAAGUGAUGCGAUUCAACAAAGACCUGAACGUCUAAUAAGUCGGUUGAGAACAAUAUCAUUGGAUGAUGCUGGUCCUAAAUUAACUGUAGUUAGACAACCACGAGGUCCUGAUGGAACUCGUGGAUUUGUGCAAGAAAGAACGCUGCAUAUUCCUGGUGCCAUUGAAGAAUAAAAUUGAUCAUACCUCCAAACGGUCACUUUACCAGCUUGUAUGUAUAUUAUUUACUUUUAGUCCGCGCAUAUUGGCGUCGAGAUUAUUACGAUUAUAUAAUUAUUAUUAUUAUUAUUAUUAUUAUUAUUAUUUUUAAAAAAUACAAACGUAAGAAUGUUUGCCAAAUUGAGACUAAUGUGACAACAAUAAUAAUGGUGGUAGUCUGAAAAGCAGAUGAUACAUUUUCCAACAGUUAGAUAUAUCUCAUUUUUAAAAAAGUACCUACUUCGAAGAAGGAAAUGUUUAUUAAUUUCAAUUUAGUGUGUUAAAUCAUUAUAUGAAUAUUGAAACACUGAGAGAUGAAUUUAAGUUGCACAAACAUUAUCAAAAUAUUUUUUUUUUAAUGGAAAAAUUUUAAAGCAGUUUCGAUAGAAAGUGAAAAACGCAUUAGUUUUGUUCCAGUAUUAAUUCAUCAGAGAGACAUUACAAAAUCGAUUAGAAUUGAUGGAAAAAGCAUUACUAAAAAAAAAAGAUUAAUAAGUGUCACGACAGUCUUUAUAAAAAAUAUACUUAAAUGUUAAAACAAUAUUUAUUUAUAUGAAUUUUCUUUUACAUUGUAGAAACUAAUAAUAAAAUGUCAGUUGUAUCUCAUUGACAGUUGCUUCACGCACUAAUUUGAGAAAAAAUUUUUUAUACAGCUUCAUCUAUAUGCAUUUUUACUGGUCUACAUUUGUUUCACGCACGUGUUACCAAAUUAAAACUUGUACAUAACGUACAAAUGUGGACAAGUGAAAUAACAUAUGAUCAAACCUGUAUCAAUGAAAUUUGUCAACUUUAUACAAAAAAAAAACAAAAAAAAAAAAAAUGUUAUUGACAUACCUAGUUGCUGCUUGAUUUAUUACAAGUUCUUCAAUUCAUAAAACAUAAUAUGUAUAGAAAAAAAAUGAAAGACUAGACUUUUUAAAUACAUUUUUAAAACAUUU